GUUUCCCCUCUCUUCCUUGAUGUGGGUAGUUAGGGCUCUCUCCAGUCGUCUCAAAUGAUUUCGAGUUAUAUCGAACUGAAACCUCAGCUGCAGUUGAUACACACACGUUCCACAAAUCAUUCUAAAGGGAGCCCCCCCCCCAAGGAUGCAACCGUCAUAUAUGCUACUCCCUUAUGUAUGUCGCCGUGGUGGAGGCACCAGUUGUACGAAAGAGCAUCAACAACAGGUAUGUAGUCAUACAUAUUUGAUACGCACUCGAGCUUUGAAACACGGGUAGGUUCGAUGCUUUACGAUGUAGUCACCGCGCACAGCCGCUGGUGCCUAUGCACCACAACGCAUGAAUUUGAGAAAUUUGUCCAACCGUGGACUUACAAAACUCAAAGACCUACUUAUAACCCGG